AUGGCAAAGGUGGAUAAAGUGCACCAUGAUCGGGAAAUGAAGGAUUAUGGACCAGCUAAGGGAGGCAAGAAGAAGAAGGAUCCUAAUGCCCCUAAAGGACUGUCUGGCUUCUUCCUGCUCUCAGAAUUCUGCCCCAAGAACAAAUCCACAAACCCUGGCAUCUCUGUUGGAGACGUGGCGAAAAAGCUGGGUGAGAUGUGGCAUAACCUAAAUGACAGCGAAAAGCAGCCUUCCAUCACUAAGGCGGCAAGGCUGAAGGAGAAGUAUGAGAAGGAUGUUCCUGAUGAUAAGUCGAAAGGAAAGUUUGAUGGUGCAGAGGGUCCUGCUAAAGUUGCCCAGAAAAAUGUGGAAGAGGAAGAUGAAGAAGACGAGGAGGAAGAGGAGGAGGAGGAGGAGGAGGAGGAGGAUGAAUAAAAAAACUGUUUAUCUGUCAAAAAAAA